AUGCUGGUCGGUGGUUUGAACCACGUGUUCCGGCGGUCGGCGAGAGGCUGCAGAAGAACUGUCUCAGUGGUCGAAGAGAGCAAACGGUGGAAAUCAAAUGUCGGAUUCGUCGGCCUGGGAAACAUGGGAUUUCCGAUGGCGAAAAACUUAUUGAAAAACGGUUAUGGGGUGGUAGGCAACGACGUGUCUGCCGAGCGGAUGGAUUUGUUGCGGGGCUUGGAUGGAGCUGAGACCGCUGACACACUGCAGCAAGUGGCCGCAUCCUCGGAUGCCGUGAUCACCAUGUUGCCUGGGACCCAGCAAGUGCUUUCGGCGUACUCGGCAUUGCUCGAGUCCUCAAAACCGGAACAGUUAUUUGUGGACUGUAGUACGAUCAGUCCAGAGAGUUCUAAAAAAAUUUCAGACAUGGCCGAGCAGAAGGGUUGUAAAUUUCUAGGAGCUCCCGUGUCAGGAGGAGUGGUGGGUGCAGAGAGCGGCACUCUGACUUUCAUGGUGGGCGGAGAAGAGAGCACGCUGAAGGCGGCCGAACACCUACUCGGCUUUAUGGGGUCUCGGUGGGUGUACUGCGGACCGGCAGGUUCGGGGCUGGUCACCAAGAUAUGCAACAACAUGAUACUCGGCAUGACCAUGGCGGCGGUGGCCGAGGCGAUGAACCUGGGCAUUAAGCUUGGCAUGGAACCUAAGAUUCUGGCGUCCGUCAUCAACACGAGCACAGGACGGUGUUGGGCAUCCGAAGUAAACAAUCCCGUGCCCGGGGCCAUCGAGAAGCAGAUUCCCAGCAACAACAAUUAUCUGAAUGGUUUCAAAGCCGAUUUGCUGCUGAAAGACAUGAGAUUGGGCGAGUCGCUGGCGAAGGGGAUAAACACACAGACUCCAUUAACGCACCUCACCGUGGACGUGUACGCACGUAUAUCACAAAUGGGAUGGGGUGACAAGGAUUUUUCGAUCGCCUACAAAUACUUCAAGGAACAGCAGUCAUGA